AACGCGCCUUUUAACAUACGCCAGUGCUGGUGAACCGUCAGUGAGUUGUGAGACGCCAGGCCGAUAUAUCUCGCGUUACCAGUGUUUAGUUCCAUCGAGCGCCGACCGAAGUGAAGUGUGCCGUGUGUGUUUGUGUGACGCAAUCGAGCAACAGACAUUCGCGUACUUUUACCGGAAAGGUUGGAAAUUUCUGGAAAACUCUCAACAUUUGCGACGUAGGUGACAACGCUUGACAAAUCAACGGACGUCCAGAAGAAUGCGACGAUUUGCGACCAGCUGCCUGCUGGUGGUUGCCCUGACCGUGACCGCCACCUUCGCCCUUCCAGCGAGCUACGAGAAGGAAUCGGACUCGUCGGAUGAUGCGGAGUUCAUCGUAGUGCCACUUUCGCACCAGCGCCCGUCGUUCCCUCGGUACCCGUCGACGUCUUUCGAAAACUUCGACGGAGUGGUGGAUACCGGCGAUUUCUACCCCGUGCCGGCCCGGCCCAUCUACUUCCCGUCGUACAAUCCGUUCUCGUGGCAUCUGACGGGAUAUUUGGAUGAUCUCAUGAAGCGGGUGCGUGAUCGUUUCGCCGGCUCGUGGAAUCCGUUCUACGGUGGGGACUUGGUACCAUCCGGACCCGGCGUGUGGCCUGUUGGCAUUCCGGAAGAUUCCGGGGAAGAUGGCGCCGCCACCAACUCCACCUCGACGGUCAAGGUUAUCGAUGGACACAAGGUUGUGAUCAAUGAUACGUACUACACCAAGAAGACCGACUUCGGAACAUCGAUCUUCAAGGUGCGCGUUAUUGAUGUUAAGCCGGUAGAUGAGGCACCUGCCGGGGAAGCCCCGAAACCGGAAACCCCCACUGAGGUCGAAGUCGACAACCGAAAUGGAGAAGACGACGACGACGAUAAGGAGGCAAGCGCUCCGGGCACCGACGCCCCCAAACGGGACACGGAACUGGAAUCGAGCGAUGAGGAGAAAACGCCCGAUGCCGAUGAGAAGCUGAACACGAUCGACACCUCCAACGUGGACAUCGAUGAGGCGAAGCCGAAGGAGAAGGAUGCGCUGACCGAAAAGUCGGAGUCCUCGGAACAGUGGAAGGGACUGGAGUCGUUCGAAGGACCAUCGCAUUCGGACGAGAAGAAAAUGGUGGAGCAACGCAACCGAGCCACCAGCGAACUGCUCGACGCGAGCUCCGACGAGGAAUCUCUGUACGAGGAUUUGCUCGAAACCUACCCAACCCGCCUUUCGGAGUGGGACGAAGCAUGGCCGAUAAAGUGGGAAGAAACCAGCCGACAAAAGGAACAUCGCAUUAUUGUACCAACAUCGAACCAGUUCGAGCAUGUCUUCAACGAACAUCAGGAACGCCCGCUGGCGGACGAGGGAACUCCAGCGCCGGCACACGAUCUUACGAACGAUAUUGCCAUCAACUUCCGGCUGGCCACGGACCGGAGCGUCACGGUCAACCCGUUCGCCAUCACGUUCGAUCCGACGGUGAAGCCAUCGGUCGUCGUCCAGCGCGAUCCGUUCCCGGGACCCGGAACAUUUCCCGCCCCGAACGGGUGGCCAUCGAUGGGAUUUCCUCCGCAGCAGCAACCGGGCGGUGGUGGUGCUUUCCCGAUGGCUGGCGGAUCGUUCCCAGGUUCUCAAUUUCCGUUCCCCAUGCAGCCACCCCUGUUCACGGUCCCCGGCGUAGGACCGACGCCGAACUUUGGCUUGCCCCAGAACCCGCAGGCACCGCCGUUCUUCUUCGGCAACGGUCAGUUCGGACGGCCCUAGGGGAGAGACAGGAGCCGGCCGGCGUUAAACUUUUCCAACCUAAGAGACGUUUAUUUAUUUAUUGAUCUAAAUUAUUUUACUAGAAGAAACCAAGAGAAGGUUGGUAGGAGUAGAUUUUAUAAGGGACGAUUGAUGGAAAAUCGGGUGCAUGUAUGUGGAUGCGUGAGUGUGUAUGUGUUUGUUUGUGUGUGUGUGGUGCACUAGGAAAGCAUAAGGAGGUGCACCAAAGGAGCCGGGCGUCUUGUUUUCAACUAAUACCAAAGAAGUUUCUUCGGUCGGUCGGUGAAAUGUCGAGUGUAAGCACUUCCGAAAGAAAUGUGCCCCUCUCCCAACCUUCACUCCCCACAGCCGGUAAAAAGCGGCCAUUCCCUUCUGGAAGAGGUCAGCGAAAAAGCAGCACAACAUACGCACCCGGGUGGGGGAAAAGCCCGGGGAAAACCGGAAGGCCGAAGCGAAGAAGAGAUUUUAUUCUUCAUUGGAAAAUAAUUUAUUUACAACAGUUUCGGACAUUCUUCCGUUCCGUCGUGUGGCUUAAAACUUUCCCAUCAGGCGAACGCGGAGGGUGGGGGAGGGGGAGGGAGUUCGGGGGGAAUAUAAAACCCGAUGAUAGUAUCCGAGUAGCUUCGGUUAGUUCUCUAUUCUCAUGGUUGAUUGGCGUUCCGGCGUGGUGGUUCGAUUUCGAAGCACGACGGGAGGGAACACCAAGAGGAGCGGAUGGGGGAGGCGGGCCGCGGCCAGACCGAGAAACUUUUCUACAAAUCCUGCUCGUAAAAGUACGAAAUAGUUUGUUUGCACUCUCCCGUCUUUUUUCUUUCUCGUUGUUGCUGUUUGCAUUAUGGAAGGAUUAGUGAAGGGGUUGAUAAACUUGGCUUAAAUUGAGAGAACGGCGGGAGAAGGCUGCUCCAUUAUGAGUGGCCGGGGGUUAUUUUUCCGAAGAACGGAGCAAAUAAUCCUGAUGAAAAUGGCUACAUCAUGGCCGAGAUAAACAAUGUGCCGAUGGAGUGAUCAAUUGGUUUUUCUGUGAGCAACCCUUUCCAAUAUCAAAGUUAUUACCUUCGUCUGUUCUUCACCGAAUGCACACCAAUUUCGAAAGUAGUUUAAGAGAACGCCUUUGUCGAGAGGACGAUGACCAGAGGAAGGAAUCUUCCGUUGAAUGAAAAAAAAGAAGGAAAAAUUGCAACCAACGAACUAAUUAGUCGGAGCGGUUAACAAAUAGUCGAAAAAUCUAGUGUAAAACACAGGGAAAGUGUAGAGAUAAAAUUAAUUUCAGCCAAUUCGCACAGGUAAUAAAGUGGAAGUUUUCAUUACGAUAGUGUAGUCGGCAAUGUAACGAAAGGAAAGUAAACAGUUCAAUAAAUCCUUUCUA